UUUUAUUUACAUUUUUGGUACAGCUCCAAAAAGCAUACACCCGACUUGGCCUUCAUUUUUUCUUCAAACCCAAGUCAAAAUUCAAAAUUUCAUAUUUCCGCGCGCAACAACACAAAUCAGCUGUGUCCGCCGUCACUGCGCAACACUGGUCGAGAGAGACGAUAGAUAGCGCGAACCUAUCGCCAGCGAAUAACAGAAGAAGUAGAGUAGAAAGAAAAAACAAAAAUUGAGUGUUUUAUUUUUCACACGCAAACGCAAUUCCACUCAAAAUCCGAUUCCAAAUUCUAGAUCCUAGUGUUGUAAAACUCGCGCAUGAACAGAAGAACAGGAGGAGAAGUAGAGGAGAAAAACAAAACCAAAGUGAAAAAGUGUAAAGUUCGGGCAAAAUCGAAAGAAAAGCCAAAACCAAGCGCAAAACACGCAUUUUGGUGUCCGCGAGCGAGGGACGGAACAGCAGCGAACGAAUAAAUCAAACCCAACGAGCAGCAACAUUUGUGCGACGACAAAAUCCGAAGGAAAAACCUUUAACGUUACCACCUGCCCUGCCUCUACUCUUCCUCCCCCCGCCACAGCCAACACUUCACAGCAGUGCAUACACACCUGUGCACUUAUUCUUUUUGCGAAACGAAAUCCAAAACGAAGGCCAGCCAGCCACCAGUUGGAGCAGAAGCAGCAGCAGCAGCAGAAUCGACAGAAACCAGCAAAGAAAAACAGCAAUCAGCUCCAAAUGCGUGAGCCAUCGCUUGGGGGAAGGUAGAUAUUGAAGAGCUAGCUAAUUGCCGAUCAGCGAGCGCGUCGUCUAAAAGAGACAGGCGGACGGAGCCGAUUAGUGCAGAGUCACGUCGCAUCAGCCACAAACGUCGCCGAAGAGACGAGAGCCAGCCAGAGCCAUGUCCAUGCGCACUAAAGUUUUGGGCCUGGUGGAUGUGAUGAUGCGGGUGCCGCCCGUGCUGGUCAUCGAUGAGAUACUAAAGAUUGGCAUGGGCCUGCCCACACGAUUCUAUCCGGACACCAGCCAGCCGCAGUCGCCGGUCGAGGAGGAUGUUGGCUUUCUGGCUGAUGCAGAUACCCCGGGUGCCGCUGCCGAGGCAUUCGCCACCCUCAAGGCGUUCUUCGGAUUUGGCGAUGCUGCUGCCCAAAGUUCCAUGAUUCCCCCCGCCAGCCCAAUCGAACAGUCCAUCGAUAAUGCCUCCAAAUCGGCGAUGACGAAUGGGAUGCUCAGCACCGGCUUUAACUCGCUCAUGACCGAGCUGUCACACGAUGAGACGCUGGCGGAUGUCCUCAGCAUAACGACGGUCAAAUUCCUGAUUUGCCUAUUCGGCUUCCUAUCCGCCGCUUGUAUUUUCAUGCUGUGGACGCGGCACCUGGUGAUGGUGUACAUGUUUCUCACUUCCCUCGGACUGACGUUCCUCUCCUACUGGUCAAAUGUGAGCGCCCUGGCGCUAAUGGAGCAGAGUCCCUGCAUACUGGAGGACCUGAUGUCGCUGAAUACGACACGAUUACUGGACUCGGGCGGGGUGAUCAUGUCGCUGGCGCCGCACGUCAUGGCGCAGUGGUUCAUGGGCAUGCUCUUUGCGUACAUACACCUGGGACCGAGAUACGAACUGCUGCAAAAGUCGAUGCCCAUCAUAUUUACUAGUCCCAUUCUGAUUGCCAUGCUGCCGCUGCCACCGCAUGUGGUGGAACAUCUGCCCGUGAUAGCCGGCACCACGCCCAUCAUCCUUACGCUAGUCACGAUGAUGUACAGCGCCAUGGAGGCCAGCCGAACGGUAUACAAUGGCUACCAAUAUGCCAUGAACUUCGUGUCCAACUUUGGCCUGUCCGCUUUGAUAGAGAACGAGUGGCAGCGACUCAAUGUGCCCAAUGUCCUGCGUGUGUUCUGGACAAUUCGAAUCAUUCAGGGAGGCUAUGCCCUGGCCAUCGCCGAUUCCAGUGAGCCCUUGCAAUUGUUUCCGGCAAUCGAAAAGCUACUGGUCGAUGGCUGCGAAACGCUGACCGCCGUACUGGGCAUGACGGGUGUGAUAUCCAUGAUAUGCCACUACAUUGGCCGAGGCUUUCAGUGGUUUUUGAUGACCUACGACAACGAUGAGGAGAAAUCGCUGGGCACCGUCUCGGCAGUGCUCUUUUACAUCCUGGCCCUGCAGACUGGACUCACCUCACUGUCGCCGGAGAAGCGAUUUGUGCGCUUGUGUCGCAAUCUAUGUCUUCUGAUGACCGCCCUGCUGCACUUCUUGCACAACAUCGUCUCGCCCAUACUGAUGUCGCUGAGUGCGGCUCGAAAUCCCUCACGCAAACGCCACGUGCGCGCCCUCACAGUAUGCGCAUUCCUCGUUGUGACGCCCGUCUCAUUGCUGUACUACUUGUGGCUGCAGCGCUCCAUCUCCACAUGGCUGUUGGCCGUCACCGCCUUCUCGGUGGAGGUGAUUGUCAAGGUGCUCGUCUCGCUGGCCACGUACACGCUGUUCUUGCUGGACGCCCGCCGUCAGUUCUUCUGGGAGAAGCUCGAUGACUAUCUGUACUAUGUGCGUGCCUUUGGCAAUUCCGUGGAAUUCUGCUUCGGCAUACUGCUGUUCAUCAACGGCGCCUGGAUACUGAUCUUCGAGUCGGCCCAAAAUGCUACAGGCGGCGCCAUCAGAGCCAUCAUGAUGUGCAUCCAUGCCUAUUUCAAUAUCUGGUGCGAGGCCCGAGCUGGCUGGUCGGUGUUCAUGAAGCGACGCUCGGCCGUGCACAAGAUCUCGUCCCUACCGGAGGCUACACCGGCCCAGCUCCAAGCGUUCGACGAUGUUUGCGCCAUUUGCUAUCAGGAAAUGUACUCGGCCAAGAUAACGCGCUGCCGCCACUUCUUCCAUGGCGUCUGUCUGCGUAAAUGGCUGUAUGUGCAGGAUCGCUGCCCCCUGUGCCAUGAGAUAAUGAUGUACACGGAGAAGGCCGAGGAGAAUGUGCCAGAGGCGAGGCCAGCGGACGCUGACCCAGAGGAGAUCGUGUAUCCCCGAGACGAUGGAAACAACGCUGGAUCCACGCACCGCUCACCGGAGAGGAUCGUCGCUGCCGAACCGUCGGAAGCUUCCACAACCGCCUCCACCUCCAAUGCCGCAACGGAAUCGGCGGCAACCAUUUCCGAGGCAGCAGCCGCUGCUGCUGAGGCACGAACCGCUGCGGUCUCUGCCAGCAGCAGUAGCAACAGCAACAGCAAUGCCAGCUAUAUCACAGCUUCCAACCAGCCCCCAACACCGUCGGCCACGUCCGCUGCGGCGGCUGUGGCCACAGCGGCGGCCAGCAAUACGACGCACAUCUUCCGGGUGACCCAGGACCAGCAGUGAGCGAUGAGCGAUAAGGGGAUAAGGGAUUGAUCGGAUCGGGAUUGCUCGCGUACCUUCUAUUUAUCUAUCUACCACUUGAAUUGUUCUGUGUGUUAGUGUACUUAUGUAAAAAAAAAAAAUAACGCGAAUCUGUCUAGUGACGAAGAGCUUCUUCAUACCUUUAAAGCAAUCUAUUCCUAUAACAUACACACAAACACACACACACACACACACCUUUGAUCCUCAUAGGCACACACAAACACGACAUACAUAUAUAUAUAUAAAACAUACAGCCAUGCUUAAUUAAAUUAUAUACCAUGCAUAUAAUAGAGCGCUGAUCGGGACGAGAUCGCAAAAUUAGAACCAGAGAUCUAUGUACGUUAAGUUUAUGGUAAAAAGUUGAUCCAAAAAUGUUGAAACACACAAAAAAACGUUAGACCUAAGUUCUGCAGUGGAUAAAUCAGUGUAAAAAAAAAAAUCAAAAAAAAAAACAAACAAACAAAAUCAGUAAAGAAAAAUAACAUUUAUGUAUGUGGGGAAGUCUGAAAAUGAUUUAAUCAAGUUACCAAGUAAAAGUUAGUUAAAAACACGAAAGACGAGACGAGAGCGAGAGAAGCGCGAAGAAGAGGAAAUCAGCACAGAUAGAAAAGUUUUUUGAUGGAAACGCAAAAACUUACGUUGUAUAAUUUUGUAAUGUAAAAA